CCGGUUUGAAGCAUGGCAAGCCCCAUUGAGACACUGAAGAGCUCCCGCGGCCGGCGUGGAUCAUCAUCAUCGUUUGCGCUCUUGCCCAAGGGUACUCGGUCGCGCAUGUCGCUGUCGCAGUCGUCGUCGGACGCGUUUCUGCACCUCAAGUCUGAGACAGCCGACGUGCUGCCACCAGGCGACCCGAGCUACCGGUCCGAGCUGGAGGUGCAGUAUGGGCUGCAUGAGAUCAAGGGCAGGCGGGAGAGCAUGGAGGAUGCGCACAUGGCGCUGCACGUGCCGCCCGGAGUGGGGGUGGAUGCCUUCUUUGGCGUCUUUGACGGGCACGGCGGGCAGCGGGCAGCUGACUGGGUCUCGGUCCACCUGUACAAGUUCUUUCUGGCGUCGGACGGGUUCAAGGCCGGCGACUUGGAGCGCGGCCUCCGCGAGGCGUUUGAAGAGUCGGAGCGCGAGUUUAUGAAGCUGGCCAUGAGCGUUGACGAUCCGCUGAAGGAGAUGCACGACGGAACGACUGCGGUAGUUGUCGCCAUUGCCGGCAACAAGCUGUUCGUGGCUAACUGCGGCGACUCGGAGGCGGUGCUCUGCCGGCGCAGACACGCGCUCAAGCUGACUGAGACCCACAAUCCCAAGGACAAUCCCGAGGAGAGCCAGCGGGUGAUCGACGCUGGCGGGCGGAUUUACAACCGGCGGGUCGGCCAUCCGGCGUUCAACCCAGCGGUCAUGUCGAUUGCUGUCUCCCGGUCGAUUGGCGACGCCGGCUUCAAGCACGAGCGCUAUACCAAGGGCAAGCCGUCGGGCCUCAUUGCCGACGCAUACGUGACCUCGACCACGCUGACCGAGGACGACGCGUUUGUGCUCCUCGCUUGCGACGGCCUAUGGGACGUCAUGACGCCCGAGGAGGCCGUGCAGAUGAUCCGCGAGCAGAUGGCCAAGAAGAAGGAUCCGCAGACCAUUGCCGAGCUGGUGGCCGAGUGGGCGUACGCCAACGGCUCGACAGACAACAUCACCGUUCUCCUCGUCUCGCUCAUUCACCACGAGCCCGGAUGGACCGCGUCCGACUCGGGCGCCGCCGCGUCGUCAGCCACGAGCUCUGGCGACCGCCUGGCACUUCCGGAGCUUGACAGCGACGACGAAGAUGACGACGCGGUGCUCAUCCAGAAGCUCCGCUCGCGCAUCAUCAUCCUUCAGCAGGCACUCUCCGAGUCGGAGGAGGAAAAGGACCGGCUGCGGGCCGAGCUCUUGCGGUGCAAGGCCAAGGUGAAGGCCACAACCCAGGCCAGGUCCGGCUCAAGCUCGGGCUCGGGCUCGGGCUCAUGUCCGAGAAGCCGGUAGUAAGACGGGAGCGACGGCUUGCAAGCGUGUGCAACUUGUGAUUGCAAUGCGGUUUACGACGAUGAUGAUGCACCGGCAUCAGGAGCUGUCGGGGUAAAGACGUAGACGUCAGCACA